GGAGAGGGGCUGGCACCGAGGGCUGCAGAAGCACAGCCUGCUCAAGCUCAGCCUUUCCUGCCUUCCUCAAACGAUUUUUAAGCAUGAGGAGCUCUGUUCCCCUCACUUUGUUAAUCAGAAAUCCCAGCCCCAACCCCUGAGCCUGCUCUGUGCAGAUAAGGCAGUGUCUCUCCUCCAUCUGCACCUCCUGCAGCCGAGCGGUCAGGACGGGCUGCUCCCCCGGGGCUGCUCCCCGAGCGGUGCCGGGACCCCCAUUCCUCCCUCCUGCGGGGGGAGAGGCGCCCGAAGCCCCCAGCGCCAGGCAGAGGGAGCGCCCGGCAGCCUCGGAGCAGGGACUGCAGCUCGCUCCUCGCUGCUCUCUCCUUUUAGCUCCGUCUGAAACGAUUUGCGGCUCAAACGCCCCCGCGAGACCCGCUAACCUUUGGGUGGGCGCACUGCGAUGGAGACGCGGUUCUCUCUGCCAGGGGUUUGCGCCGGCCGCCCGCUGACAGCCGUCGGUUGGUGACAGCCGCCGUCUGGUGACAGCCGCAGACCUGUGACCACCGCAGCCCGGUGACAGCCGCCGUCCGGGAGGGACCGGCGGAAAGGAGCGGAGCGGCGCGGAGCGGGGCGGGAGGGCCCGCGGCUUUCCGCAGCGGUGGCAUGCCCCAGGGCAGCCCGCAGCGCAGCCGCUCGCCCUGCGCUCGGGAGCGGAGGUAGCGGCUCGGCAGAGCCUCCCGCAGCCGUCGCCGCCGCCGCUCGUUUCCCGGCGCCGAGGUCCCGGCCUCCGCACCGCCGCCCGGCCGCCCCGUCGGGUCUCUGCUUCUCCACGGCCCUCCGAGCCCGACAGCCGCCAUGGCCACGCUCCUUCGCAGCAAGUUGUCCAACGUGGCCACCUCGGUGUCCAACAAGUCCCAGGCGAAGAUGAGCGGCAUGUUCGCCAGGAUGGGCUUCCAAGCGGCCACCGACGAGGAGGCGGUGGGCUUCGCUCACUGCGACGACCUGGACAUGGAGCACCGGCAGGGGCUGCAGAUGGAUAUCCUCAAGUCCGAAGGCGGUGAGGAGGGCGGCGAGCAGCCCCUGGAGGGGGACAUCCACUACCAGCGGGACGGCACCGGGCCGCUGCCGCCCUCCGCCUCCAAGGACGCGGGGGUCUGCUCCGAGCUGUCCGGGCAGGGCAAACCCAAGAUCACGGCGUGGGAGGCGGGCUGGAACGUCACCAACGCCAUCCAGGGGAUGUUUGUGCUGGGCCUGCCCUAUGCUAUCCUUCAUGGUGGAUACCUAGGACUCUUUUUAAUAAUUUUCGCCGCGGUGGUUUGCUGCUACACUGGGAAAAUCCUUAUUGCCUGUCUUUAUGAAGAGAAUGAGGAUGGGGAGAUAGUCAGGGUGAGAGACUCCUACGUGGACAUAGCAAACGCGUGCUGCGCACCCCGCUUCCCCACGCUGGGAGGCAGGAUUGUGAAUGUGGCUCAGAUCAUUGAACUGGUCAUGACCUGCAUCCUCUACGUGGUGGUCAGUGGGAACCUGAUGUACAACAGCUUCCCUAACCUGCCCGUAUCCCAGAAGUCGUGGUCCAUUAUUGCCACAGCCGUUCUCCUGCCUUGCGCGUUCUUGAAGAACCUGAAGGCAGUCUCCAAGUUCAGCUUGCUCUGCACAUUAGCCCACUUUGUGAUCAACAUCUUGGUGAUCGCCUACUGUCUCUCCCGGGCACGUGACUGGGCGUGGGACAAGGUCAAGUUCUACAUUGAUGUGAAGAAGUUUCCCAUCUCCAUCGGCAUCAUUGUCUUCAGCUACACCUCUCAGAUCUUCCUGCCUUCCCUGGAGGGGAACAUGCAGAACCCCAAGGAGUUCCACUGCAUGAUGAACUGGACGCACAUAGCAGCUUGCAUCCUCAAGGGACUCUUUGCCUUGGUCGCCUAUCUGACCUGGGCUGAUGAGACCAAGGAGGUCAUCACAGACAACUUGCCAUCCACCAUUAGGGCAGUAGUCAACAUUUUCUUGGUGGCCAAAGCCUUGCUCUCCUACCCCUUGCCGUUUUUUGCAGCUGUGGAGGUCCUGGAGCGAUCCCUUUUCCAGGAUGGCAACAGGGCGUUCUUCCCCAACUGCUAUGGGGGUGACGGGCGGCUCAAGUCCUGGGGGCUCACCCUCAGGUGUGCCCUGGUGGUGUUCACCCUCCUCAUGGCUAUCUAUGUCCCGCACUUUGCCCUCCUGAUGGGUCUCACUGGGAGCCUCACAGGCGCAGGUCUCUGCUUCCUGCUCCCCAGUCUUUUCCACCUCAAGCUCUUGUGGAGGAAGCUCUUGUGGCACCACGUCUUCUUUGACGUCGCCAUUUUCGUUAUAGGAGGGAUCUGCAGUGUCUCCGGGUUCAUCCACUCUUUAGAAGGCCUCAUAGAGGCUUUUAGAACCAACGCUGAAGACUAAGGAGGGGCCAGAGCUGGUGGCAGUACGAGAAUAGCAUCGAACAUCUGCAUAGCCAUGAGAUUCUGCAUCCCUUUAACAAGGAGUCAUUACUUUCGUUACAUGCAUCCGACAAAUUCUACGUUAUAGAACCUGCAAAUUAAAUGAAAUAAGAAGAGAUGAAAACGCGUGCCCUGCCAUCUUUUUAAAUAAGCUAAAAUUAAAUAUAUAUAUAUAUAUAUAUAUUUUUGUUCUUUCAAAUAUUUGGAAGGAAAACCCAUGGUGCCCCACCCCGACCUCCUCACCAGUUGCCUGAAGCUCAGCCCCACGAAUGAACCAUCGGGAAAGGAUCGCAGCUCCCAGCGCUGCCUGCAGAUCUGCACCACAGCGCUGCAGGAGGUGAAACGGGGCCGACCCGGUGGGAUUGUGUUUACAGAUGGAAGCAGACAGGCUGCGGGUGCUGCGAGCAGCGACGUUCCUCUACAUACACCACAAGACAGAUGUAGAUGAGACCUAGACUGUAGGAAUAGCCCAGCAACCCGCGCUCCGGCCGAUGGCCAGUGCUGCAGUCAUCUGCAAUGUUUACACUGUAGUCACAUCGAUGUCAGACUGCUUAAUUCUUCCAUCCGGAUUGACACGAGGAAUGGCGCUUCCCAUUCAUUACAUUUUGCCUCUGGUUGAACUCACAGACCCGGAGUCCACUUCUCGGUGAAUAUUUUUUUUUGUUGUUGUUCGUUUGUUUCAUUUUAGGAAUUAUUUCUGAAUAAUGAAAAGAAAAAAAAAAUAGAUAUUGUUGGAUUUGACGUCGUUCAGGAUACAGAAACAAAACCAAGACAAAACUCAUUCUGUGCAAUCUACCAGAUCCGUGGAGCUGUUUCCAAUGUAUGUGUGGUGUAAUUGUGGUAAAUAAGACGAAAAAUGUAUAUCAGAAAAAAAAAGUCUAUCUUUAACAUAUAAUGUGGUACAUAAAUAUAUCGAACAAUAAAGAGAAAACAUAUCUGA